UUAGUCUUCCAUACUGCAAAUAUUCUUUUUUCUAAACUAAAUGUCCCUGGUUUCUGCAGUCUUACCUUUUUCAUUGGACACUGUUCUUCCUAUCCUCUCUGACCUUAACUCAUUCUCUCCCCUAGGCUUCUAUGAUACCAUAUUGUUGGGGUUUUCCCUCAGCUUCUUGAACAGCACCUGUCCAAUCUCCUUUUUAGACUUUUCUAAUUCUGCAUUUCCCUUAAAUGUUGGUGUUUCUGAGUUUCUGUAGGUCUUACUUUUUUUCUCACUGGGCAAUCUCAACUUGUGUCAUGUCUUGGAUUUCCAUUCAUAAGCUGUUGACUUCCAGAUAUAUACCUCCAACCCAGAUCUUUCUUCCACUUCUGUACCUGUCCUUCUGCUUGUAUAUUGAACAUCUUCAUUUGGAUAUCUCACAGGCAUCACAAUACAUUCAAAACUGAGUUUAUCUAUUUGUCUAAACAGUAUCUCCUUCCUGUGGUUUCCUAGCUCAAUAAAUGUACUGUCACCUAAGCAAUAAAUGGGUAUUCUCCUUGACUCCCGCUUUCCUUCCCAGUGUAAUCAGUCAUCAGGUGUUAUUGAUGCUAGCUCCUAAGUGUCACUCUAAUCCAUUCUCUUUUCUUCAUCUUCAUUGUUUACUACCUUAAUUCAGACCCACAUUGUUACUACUGCAACAGCCUCCUAACCUGAAAUAACCUUAUGAGGUUAAGUCAGCAAGUAAAUAAGACAUGGUAUUUUGAAGUAUGAUUAAACUCCUGAUGCUGCAGCAGAGGCUAAGAAUAUUAAUGGCCAGAUCUAGAGCUCACAUGGUCUUCUGAAGAAGCCAUGGGUAGCUGUUGUAGCUGUCCAGAUAAAGACACUGUCCCAGAUAACCAUCGAAACAAGUUUAAGGUUAUUAAUGUGGAUGAUGAUGGGAAUGAGUUAGGUUCUGGCAUAAUGGAACUUACAGACACAGAACUGAUUCUAUACACCCGCAAACGUGACUCGGUAAAAUGGCACUACCUCUGCCUGCGACGCUAUGGCUAUGAUUCAAAUCUCUUUUCUUUUGAAAGUGGUCGAAGGUGUCAAACUGGACAAGGAAUCUUUGCCUUUAAGUGUGCUCGUGCAGAAGAAUUAUUUAACAUGUUGCAAGAGAUUAUGCAAAAUAAUAGUAUAAACGUGGUGGAAGAGCCAGUUGUAGAAAGGAAUAAUCAUCAGACGGAAUUGGAAGUCCCCAGAACACCUCGAACACCUACAACUCCAGGGUUUGCUGCUCAGAACUUACCUAAUGGAUAUCCUCGAUAUCCCUCGUUUGGAGAUGGUUCAUCUCAUCCUUCAAGCAGACAUCCUUCAGUAGGAAGUGCACGCCUGCCAUCAGUAGGUGAAGAAUCUACACAUCCUUUGCUUGUAGCUGAGGAACAAGUACAUACCUAUGUCAACACUACAGGUGUGCAAGAAGAACGGAAAAACCGAACAAGUGUGCAUGUCCCAUUGGAGGCAAGGGUUUCUAAUGCUGAAAGCAACAUGCCAAAAGAGGAACCAAGUAGUAUUGAGGACAGAGACCCUCAGAUUCUUCUUGAGCCCGAAGGAGUCAAAUUUGUUUUAGGACCAACUCCUGUUCAAAAGCAAUUAAUGGAAAAAGAGAAACUGGAGCAACUUGGAAGAGACCAAGUUAGUGGAAGUGGAGCAAAUAACACAGAAUGGGACACUGGAUAUGACAGUGACGAGCGAAGAGAUGCACCCACUGUUAACAAACUAGUGUAUGAAAACAUAAAUGGGCUAUCUAUUCCUAGUGCCUCAGGGGUCAGGAGAGGUCGUCUGACGUCCACCAGUACCUCAGAUACCCAGAAUAUCAACAACUCAGCUCAGAGAAGAACUGCAUUGUUAAACUAUGAAAAUUUACCAUCUUUGCCUCCUGUUUGGGAAGCCCGCAAGCUAAGUAGGGAUGAAGAUGACAAUUUAGGACCAAAGACUCCAUCUCUAAAUGGCUACCAUAAUAAUCUAGAUCCAAUGCAUAACUAUGUAAAUACAGAGAAUGUAACAGUGCCAGCAAGUGCUCACAAAAUAGAAUAUUCAAGGCGUCGGGACUGUACACCGACAGUCUUUAACUUCGAUAUCAGACGCCCAAGUUUAGAACACAGGCAGCUCAAUUACAUACAGGUUGACUUGGAAGGUGGCAGUGACUCUGACAACCCUCAGACUCCAAAAACGCCUACCACUCCCCUUCCACAAACCCCUACCAGGCGCACAGAGUUGUAUGCUGUGAUAGACAUCGAGAGAACUGCUGCUAUGUCAAAUUUGCAGAAAGCACUGCCACGAGAUGAUGGUACAUCUAGGAAAACUAGACAUAAUAGUACUGAUCUGCCAAUGUGAGCCUGGAGAGCAUUACGUUGUUUGCACCUUUGUGAAGUUUUUAAAAAUGAAGAUGCAAGUGCUUCAUUUUCAUUCCUAAACACUACUUUUAUAGACUGAUAAAAUUUUUAUCUUAAUAUUUCAUGUGCUUCUUUAACUAAAGGGAAUUAAUGUAGAGCAGGUACUCAUUAAAGAACACUAAUUUCAUUAUAUACUACUCAUUAUUGUACAGCAGCAUUCCCAUUUUCACAGUGCCUAUUUAAAACAAGAGUUGAAGUGAGUGACAUGCUGGUUGAUUUUUAUCAAUAUUCUGGACUUACGUAUAUCAUUCAUGUCUAAGUCAUGGUUGGCAUUUAAAACAUUUUAUAAAGCCUCUUGAUAAUGUACAUUGCUAACAGAUAACUCUAGGCUUUGAAAGUAAUAUUUGUAGAUACACUAUUCACAGUAUGUGGCCUCCAGUAUAUAAUAUGAGGAAUCUUUUAUUUUGUUAAUUAACGGCUUUUUUACUUGAGCCAAAACAUAUGUAAAGGAAAUAUAAGUACCGCACCUCCUUAUAUACCCAGUCAGCUCCUUUGCCUUCAGUGUUAGUAGAAAGAGUCCUGUGUCCAUGAAUAUGGUUUGCUGUUGGUGUGUUAGAAAGGCAGGAAGGAGAAAAAAUUUUCUGUUUACUCAUCUCAUGAUGUCAUUUGAAGGGCAUGCCCAGGUAUCUUAAUCAGAAUCAUGAUAGGCUCAAGAGUCAGUCUCAGGUCACUUUACCCAAAAACAUUUGAAAAGAUGAACCAUGAUCUCUUGAAAAUUUCUCUCCUGUAGAUUAUUAACAUUAACAUUGUUUUCUGGAGGUUAUUUGUGCCAUUAGGUUUCCAUUUACCUUCAGUUUUUUCUUUGGUGUUUGGGAUGUCUUAUUUUGUCGCUUAAAUGUCUUUUUCAAUUUAAAAUGUCUAAGUUUGUAUAUAGUUUUGAGAUUGGAGUAUAUGUUCAUUGUUUGGUUUGCGUUUUGUCAAAUUAUGAUUUUGAAGGUUCAUUUGGAACUUACUGCCAUUCUAUAACAGGGUUGCCCUUUUCCAGUAUUUAUUUAUAUGCUGUUUACUUUGGUUUCAAGUUGAUAAAAACAUUUUCUCAAUUUUUAAUUUCACUUGUGUCCAUAGGUGAUCUCUUUAGCAGCUGAGAAAAAAAGAAAGAUACUUUUAACAUGCAAAGUUCCCUAAAGGUACUGUGUUUCCUUUGUGGGCACACUCCCCAGCACUUUAGCAGUGAUUCACUCAGUUACGUGGCUGCAGUUGUCCUCUGCCCGCUGUAGUGUUCCUCAGCUCUGCUGUGCUUUCACUCAUCGCUGGGCCUUUGAUUAUCUCUUGAUUUCAAUAGAAUGUUAAUAUUGUUGCCAGCAUAACAGGUACAGUGAAAGUCUUGUAGCAGUGAGACCGUGUCAUACUUAAGGAUUUAGAAUGAAUUGAAGUUUAUAUGAACUAAGGAGAGUCCAUAUGUGAAAUUCUUGGAAAAUCAAGAAAGUUCCGCUUUCCUAAACACUAGAUAAUAUAAGACAAGGGUGAGUGGAGAGAAGGUUGGGUUACCUUACAAAAUAUUUUACUGUUUUCUCUAAAUAUGAGGAAGUUUGAGAUGUGUUCUGGAUCUACCAGAUGUAACUAAGAGUAAUUUAGCAAGAAAAAGUUUCAGUCAAAUAGCAUCCAAUCUAUGUAAGAAUGGAUUAGCAGAACAAUAGACUGGGACCAUUAUAAAGAAAAUAAAUCAUUAAAAGUGUCUUCAUCAUUUUCAUUGCCAUUGGUUUAUGUGCAUAGCAGACUUACUUUCUUUUUUCCUGUGACAUUGGUGCUUACUAAAGUAUUCGCUGUUCUUCAAAAAGGAGGUCAGUGGUAUAGGUGUGCAGCUUCCAUUUUUAAUAUUUUGUUCCAUUUAUGCGUUCUUCUGAAUAGAAUGCUAAUUGUGCCAAAUUUAUGUGAUAGUUUUGUAAUGUGGAAUAAGAAUUACAAUGGAAUGAAUGCUCAUGGUUUUCUGAGAACAGACAGUCAAGACAGAACACUAACCUCCAAAUGAAAGAGCUGAUCUACUUAUUCAUUUUUGGGGGUUGGAUACUUUUUUAUCUUUCUUAUCCUUUUCAUCUUUUCCUCCAGCUUCUAAUUAGUUUUUAUAUUUUUUUAGGUAACUCCGAUAUAAUCAUUACAAUUUAUGCUUUAAAUACUAUGUGCUUUAAAAAUGAGAAUGGGACCAAUUUGUCUGCUAAGAAUUUGAUUUUAGGUACUGUAUGAGUGUUAGGAAGAUACAUACAACUGGUGUUAAUUUCUAAAUGUCUUCUGGAAAUCACCUGUGUUCCUAUUUAAUAAAAAGUAAUUUAGAACACUAUUUGUCCCUUGAAGUAGUCUAGUACUGGGCAUUAAGCUCUUUCCUGGAAGAAUGCUCCUAUUACUAGGUGCAUUUUAGAAUGAGAUAUUUUGUUGGCAUAUAAUGAAUUGUGGCUAUUAUGUCCUAGGUUUUCUGAGACAAACCUAAUUUUAGAUCUUCUAUUCUGUUAACAGACUAUGUGAUCCCACUUUUAGGUUCUGAAAAUAUAAUCAUUGAUCAUAUAUUUUUCCCCAAAUAGAAUCCUCUUUUGUCAGUGUAGAUCAUGAUGGCAUUCAUCCCAGACCAAGGUUGGAAACUGAUGUUGGUGUUACCUGUGUUUUUUCUUAAGUGUUUUUAUUUCACUGUUUCAUCUUCCUUUAAAAAUGAAAAUAUGGUGCCUUCCCUCCCUCCAGGAAGAUUGGCAAAUAGUUCCCUUUAUUUACUGCUGCUGUGGGGUGAUAAGAUAAGCACUUUACUCUUGAAGACUCAGCAAAAAGCUUUUCACUUCCCAGGAUAUCCAGAAUAGAUCACAUUUGGGAUUUAUGAAAAUUUGCCAAGCAAUCUUUGUUUUUAUACAUAGUAAUGUUGACCCCACAGUUCAAUGUUAUAAGAAUAAGCUAGUGUUUGUUUAUCCCCCCCCAAAAAAAAACCCUGUGGCAAAGCUUAUAAAAAUGUACCUCAAUAAUGUUCUAUUAAAAAUGGGACAGGGGCCUUAUGUUUUAAUAAUUUCCCAGCAAUGUGCCACCAUAUUUUUGCCUCAAGGUAAAGGUUUUUGCAAGCUAAAAAGUACUUUCCACUUUCCCCCGUGCUGUCCAUUCUAACCCAUGAUGCCCUAGUGUUUUGUGCAAUGUGUAGUGUGUAUGUAUAUGUACACGUAUGUGUAUGUAUAUGUAUAUACAUGUGUAUGUGUGUGUAUAUAUAUAUCCUUGAAAUAGACAUACUAUCAGAAACAUCAUACAGAAGUAACUGAUGUAUUGCCAUCUCAUUCAUAUUUCUGAUAUGUGAGGUAUAUGGUACUAAUUACCUUUUCCCUUACAUUUGCCAAAUUUGAGUAAGGGCAUUGGUACGAAAUACAGAAUGUAUAGAGAUGUUUUUGGCUUGAAAAAUUAACAAAUCUUUUAUGACAUACCACAGUAUACUCUGCCCGAACCAGCACCCUUUUGAUCUUUCCUGUUCUUUGCAUCCCUUUUCCCCAUCCCUACUUCCUCAUUUUUUUGGGGUAUGACACAAUUCUUUUGUAGCAUCAUUACAAUUGCAGUUCUAUAACAAUUGGACAAUUAUAGCAUGGAGACAGACUGGUAUUAAUAGUACAGUAGUCACCAGUGUGCCACAUUUGCAUUAGUAAAUGCAAAGCAUACAUUUUAUAAAGGACAAAUUUUGUGUUAUGUUUUUAUUUCCAUUACAUUGUAUAAUAUUGUAAGAUUAUUAUAUGUCCUAAUCUGCAUUAUAAAUGUUUUUUUUUUUUUUCCUACAUAAAGGCAUAAAUAUAGCAACUUUGUAUAAAGGUAGCUUAUUAGAUUUUUAAUUUUUUCUUAUAUAAGAAGUUGUCUAACAGUGGGACUACCAUUGCCAAAUUGUAUAUGAAAUAUGAAAUUUACCCCUAUGAUUAAUUUCUUUUAUAAACAUUCCAUAUUUCUCUGAUAAAAGACGUGAUACUGUACUAUGUAUAAAUUGUAUUUUUAAUGCUGUUUCAUAUCAGCAUUUUAAAUUUUGAUUUGCAUUUUUAAUAUUGGCAAAACUUUUAAUUACCACUGUUAAUUAAAAUAAAACCUUGUUGUAUAUGUAACAACAUCAUUUGCCCUCUAUCCCUUUCCACUCUUUGUUCUUAUUUCUCCCUACCAGUGCCAACUUCAUACAUUUUGUAGCAUGGCAAUAAAAUAUACCUUUUACACUGAGGCCAAGUGUGGCUUUUUGGAGGAAGUGGGGAUGGGAAGAUUGCCCUCUAGUUCUUUGCAUAUGUCUCCUUUUGCCAGAUUAGCCGUGUCUCCAGAGAUUAUCUCAUAUAUAAACAUGCUUUUAAGGACAAGUAUGAAUGUGCUUUUAAGCUUAAUUUUUGUCAUAACAAAUAAGAAUAAUUUUUUAUCUUUGGAAAAGUCAGAGUUCUUGAAGUACAAUCAAACCUUUAUUAACUGGAGUACUUAAAGAAUAAGCUAAUAAUUGAAUUAAGUUAAACAAGGGCUAAGCAACACAUUUUUUAAAUCCUUAUUUAUUGUAGAGUAUUAAUGUACUUUACUGACUGCCCUAAAAAUUAUAAUCUGUAAAUUACAGUUUAAUCUUCAACAAUUUAGGAUCUUGCAAUGCCUUACUUUUGUCAUUCUGGCAUAAAUUUCCAUGAUGAGGUACUCAAGUUGAUACUGGAAACAGCUGACGAUACACUGACCUUAAGCAUUCAUGAAAAACUGUUUUGCUGAAUAAAAUCUGAUCAGAGUUCUUCUUAUGGUUAUUUUACCCUUAUUACUGAAAGUAGAUUGCAAUAAAACCCCAAUAAAAGUUUGGUUGGAUACCUAUUAAAAGUUUUAUUGUUUUUAUAUUCCUCAUAUUUCUUGAGACUUUAUGAUAGAGGUUUUAUUUCUUAGUCUCAUAUCACUGCCUCAGUUUUCAAAGUGAACAUAUAAUGAGUUAAGGAUUAUAUCUUUCAUCAAAGUGUAAUGAAAUUAUAUUUGACAUAGCCUCUCACAAUUUUAUCAGCAUGGUCAUUCAGACUAGUAGUUCUCAGCUUUGGGAUUCCAAACCUGGUUUUAGUCUCUGGGUGACAGUGCGCAGCCUAGUUAGGCACAGCUCAAGAUGGAGAUAAUUUAAAAAUGAAAGGGAUAGCCAAGUCCACAAGUGAUUGGAUGCUUACUAUGUGCCAGACUAUGGCACACAGAAAUCGGUUAAGAUGUGGUGCAGAGACCGCAUCUUGAAAAAUGUGGGCAUUUGUACUCUGAUAUGAAAAACUUUGCAUUAGUUCUGUGUUUGUAAUUUGAGCUCCUUUGAGGGCAGUAUCUAUUCACGUGUUUUUUAAUCUAACAAAUAAGCAUGAACUAGGCCCUAUGCUAGUAGUAACAGAUCGCAGUCCUUGUCCUUGAAAGAAUUUAGUCUAGAACAGCCCUUCUCAAUGGGGGUGGGGGUGGGGGGCAAGCUCCUCCCUCCCCUGGAGAAUUAAGCCCUAAGGUAUCCAUUGUAUAUAAUGAAUUAACUUCUCUCUGAUGCCUUCAGAAUGAUACUAGCUAUUUACCUUAGGAGAAUUGACAAAAG